AUGGUAUGUCUGGUUGAGGACCAAUUAAAAAAAUUUCAUUUAAAUAAAUGGAUCAUAGCACCGAACUUGCUAGCAACAUAUUUCUUCUCAUUUUCUGAUAAUCAACUUUUGGCUAACGAAAAUAUCAUCCUUCUUGUUUCUCUUGCCAAAUGGUGGAAUAAAUGGUUGCGCAUUCAAUCAAAUUUUAUUAAAACAUUAGCAUUUUAUAUUCAAUUAUGCGCAUCAAUUAGUGGACUGUCACAUGCAUUCAUUUUUGGAAUGGCACAUAGUCUUAUUCGACGUCGAAUCUUUGUAAUGCUAAAAUUAAACAAAUACUGCACCGAGCAAGCACCAAGAUUGUCUCAAAAUUCGGUUUUUCCAAUGACUAAUUUAAAUUAA